CGGCAUCUGUCCAAGUCCCACGACGCGUCGUCGUCGCUCCGCAUCGGCCGUUGCUGCAGUGGAAGCGGCCCAUUUUGGCCAAGUGGCGCCUCCGUAGUCCCUAGUCUUAUGGCCAGCCGACGUUUCCCAGGCCUCAGGUAGAGGCAAAGGCUCUCCACACCCCGUUUCCAGUUCCUAGCAACAACAAAUGAACACUUGCUGGAAGCUGAAUGGCAAAAAACAACAACAAUUAAAGCUACAACAACAAAGUGAAACAAAAACAACAAAAUACCUCCAGCUGUACAAAUAUUGAUUGAUAUUGAACAACUAAAAAAGAGAAAUAAAUACAGAAAUUAAAACCAAAAUAAUCAGAAAAUUAAAACAUAGCGAAAACGGAAAAAAUAUUGAAAAUUGUGCUCAAUUCCCCAGAAUCCCGUCCAACUAAAAAAACUACCAAAAGUGUGUUUGAAAAAUGUUUGAAAAAAUACUUAUGAAAAUACCGCUCAAAGGCGAGAGUGUAACAAUUAAAAUAAUAGAAAAAUACCAAGUGAACUGAAGUAAAAUACUGCAAUUUUAUAUACCGUUAUUCUUUUUUUUACCUUAUUUUAUGCUUGCAAAGUAAAGUACAAAGAAUCACAAAGAAAAAUAAAAACAAAUAACGGCAAAGAUAACAAAGCGAAUUGCAACUGCAGGACACCAAAAACAACAACGAAGCAAAACAAAGUAAUACAAAAUAAAUAAUUCGCCAAUACCAAUACAGCCAGCAGACAGAGCGAGACGGGUAGAGAAAUAAACAAACCGCUCGGCGCAGACGAGUGCGAGUGAAAGGGCGAGCUUGCCGAGAGGAAGAGAGAGAGAGCGAGAGCAAGAGCGAGCGAAAAGCUUCAUGCAGAAAAACAAGAAACAGCGCAAAACAUCUGGAGAACAUGGAGGGUGCCAGUCGCAGCAGGAACUCCUCCACGAGUCAGAGUCAAGGUCAAGGUCAAGGUCGCCAGGGCCAGGACAUUGAGGAUCUCAAGCAAGACAUUCCCUUCUUUGACGAACGAACCCCAUCGGCACUCGAUGCCGAUCUCCUUGUGCUGGGCAAAAGCGAAUGCCAAAUGGACGAUCUGGGUGCCUGGGAGCCCGAUGCCGAUGCGGAUGUGGAUGCGGAUGCGGAGGCUCCGCUGGAGAGCAUAGCCAUCCAACCGAUCGACCUGGACGAGGACAACUAUCCGGAUGAGAACGAGAGCUCGGUGCUGGGCAGCGAUUAUGCGCCCAGCGGGAGUGGCAGUGGUGCGAAUAGCUUCUACCAAUCGCCCACGCCCUCCUCCUGCGACCUGAAGCUCCGUCCGCCCUCCAAUUCCAUGUACCACUUCAACUACCGAUCGCCGGGCAGUCCGCUGCCCGUCGGAGGAUCCAAUGCUCGCGCUCUGCAUCCGUAUGCACAUUCCCCGGUUCAUCACGGCACCCAGCCGGGCUUCUAUCCGAAUAUGUGGUAUCCGAAUGCACCCUACGGAUCGGGAGGAUCCGCAGGCGGAGGAGGCGGCGGAGGAGUCGUGGCCAGUGGAAGGUACAUGGGCUACGGUCCCGGGGGGUCGGGAAUGCCGGGAUCGGGGCCGGGAUCCCUGCAAGGAGCAUUUCCCGGACACUCGGCCCAACUGCACGCGAUGCACCACCAAUAUCCGCAGCCACAUCCGUACGGCCACCAUCCGCAGCAUCCGCAUCAUCCGCCACAUCCGCACCACCAGCACCCGAACGAGACCAUGAUGGAGAUGUUCCAGCUCUCGAAUAGUGGUCGCGAGGCUCGAAAUCGAGCAGAAAAGAAUCGGCGGGAUAAACUAAACGGAUCCAUCCAGGAACUUUCCACAAUGGUGCCCCAUGUGGCGGAGUCACCGCGUCGAGUGGACAAAACAGCUGUCUUGCGGUUCGCAGCCCAUGCACUGCGUUUGAAGCACGCCUUUGGCAACAGCCUGAUGCAGCAGCGACCGCAGAUCACGGACACCCUGAUGGACAUGCUGGACAGCUUCUUCCUCACGCUCACCUGCCACGGCCACAUCCUGCUGAUCUCGGCCAGCAUCGAGCAGCACCUGGGCCACUGCCAGUCGGACCUCUACGGCCAGAGCAUCAUGCAGAUCACCCAUCCGGAGGACCAGAACAUGCUCAAGCAGCAGCUGAUCCCCACCGAGCUGGAGAACCUCUUCGACGCCCAUGGCGACUCGGAUGCGGAGGGUGAGCCCCGCCAGCGGAGCAAAUCCGAGGAGGACGCCAUCGAUCGCAAGUUGCGCGAGGACAGACGCAGCUUUCGAGUGAGAUUGGCUCGUGCGGGUCCCAGAUCGGAACCCACCGCCUACGAGGUGGUCAAGAUCGAUGGCUGCUUUCGACGUAGUGACGAAGCGCCCCGCGGCGUUCAAUCCAACCACUUGAGCUCCAAUCUGCAGUUAAUCCGGAGGACUCGGGGUCGGGACGAUGUCAUUCCCCUGCACACGAUCAGCGGCAAUGAUAUCAUUCUGACUGCCUGUGCCCGGAUUAUCCGUCCGCCGAAGAUCGCCAAUCGGUUGAUUGAUGCCAACACGCUGGAGUACAAGACCCGCCACCUAAUCGACGGCCGGAUCAUCGACUGUGACCAAAGGAUAGGAAUCGUGGCCGGUUACAUGACGGAUGAGGUGCGCAAUCUCAGUCCGUUCACCUUUAUGCACAACGACGAUGUGCGUUGGGUGAUCGUGGCCCUGCGGCAGAUGUACGACUGCAAUAGUUCGUAUGGCGAGUCCACUUACCGACUGUUCACGCGGAACGGAAACAUCAUCUACCUGCAAUCGAAGGGCUACCUGGAGAUCGACAAGGAGACGAACAAGGUGCACUCCUUUGUCUGCGUGAACACGCUGCUCGGCGAGGAGGAGGGCAAGCGGCGGGUGCAGGAGAUGAAGAAGAAGUUCUCGGUGAUCAUCAACACGCAGAUACCGCAGUCGACCGUCGAUGUGCCGGCUUCCGAGCACCCGGCCCUGCUGGAGAAGGCUGUGCUGCGGCUCAUCCAGAACCUGCAGAAGUCCGGGGACGCAGACGGGGGCCACGGCGAUGAGGGCGACGAGGACGAGGAGGCGGAGGACGAGGAUGACGACGAGGAGGAUGACGAGGAUCAGGACGAUGGGGCGCGCAGCAUGUCCGAGUUCGGCGAUCCCUACAGCAGCCAUCACGCUCGCUCGCAUCACAAUUCCUCGGCCCUGUCCUCCCAUGGGCAAGGUAGCUCCAAGACCCCGCCCCUGGCACUCGUUCCACCCGAAACAUCCUCGGUUAAGUCCUCGAUUUCGAAGAGCAUCAGUGUGGUCAACGUGACGGCGGCCAAGCAUCUGCGCGGCGUCCACGGAUCGGCGGCCAAAUCGCCCUGCCCCCUGGGCAGUUGCACCUGCAGCGAGUCCCAUUCGCCCUGCGACUUCUGUCAGGGUCCACCCACGCCCAACCCGCAGGCCAUCGGGUCCACCCUAAAGAGGGGCAGCACUGUUCUAGCCGAAACGGAGGAGAAAAUCGCCAAGCGGCGCUUUAUACCCAGCACUGAGAUCGAGCACGUGCUGCACACUUCUCUGGACCAAAUCGGACGAAAUCUGACCCAACAACUCAAUGUGGCCAGGAAUUUGCGGGAACAGGGUCAGCGAUACGAUGUGCCCCAUGCCGAUCAGCGAUUCGAUGAGAUCAUGCAAGAGCACCACAAACAAACCGAACUGUAUGUGAACAUCAAGAGCGAGUAUGCGGUGCAGUUGCAGAACAAAUCAACCGGCAACCGGAAGUCAUCGGAGUCGGAUCGAAAUCAGGAGGAGGACCAGGACUAGAGAGAUCGAGAGAUAGAGAGAGCGGGAUCGGCUCUCGACUGAAGGGUUUCAUCGAUGUGAUAACUACUGUCCUGGCAGCCAGCUCAAGUCCCAAAAAGCAUAGUGUCCCAAAAAAGAAAGCAUAUUAAGUUAGAAGAAGGCCAAUUGGCUAACUAAUGGUUAAUGAUUAACCGGCGGUUAACGGGGAAACUGCUGCUGAACAGCUACAGAUACAGAUACGGAUAGAUAACCUCUAACCCCAACCUAUGAGUGAGCCUGAGACAAACAAACAAAACACACGCACGCACACAC